AUGUGCAACCCAGCUUACACAAAAACAGCUGCAACACAUAUCAGCGCAGAGCCCAUCAGCACCUGCGCGUCUGGCGCCGAUAAUGUCUGCUAUGCCGUUGGCGUUCCAGAGACAACAGCCGACUCGACCACCGGCAAUAUCUAUAUCCAGAUGUCCGCGCCGACGUCCUAUUCCUGGGUCGGGCUGGGCGCAGGCUCGCAGGAGAUGGCUGGUGCCAACAUGUUCAUCAUGUACGCCGACGGCACCGGCAAUGUGACAGUCUCGUCGCGUCUGGGCAAAGGAGAAACCCAGCCCCUGUACAGCGCCUCGACGGCAUCGACCCUCCAGCUCAUGGCGGGCAGCGGUGUGUCUAACGGUAUAAUGCUCGCCAAUAUUCUGUGCACCGACUGCAAGUCCUGGUCCAGUGGGACACUGAGCACGACAAGCACCAGCUCCAACUGGAUCGGCGCGUGGAAGGCCGGGUCUGCUCUGGACAGCACGGAUCUCUCCGAGACCAUCACCUACCACGACUCGCACACGUCGUUCGCCCUGGACCUCUCAAAGGCCACCAUCGCAACAGACAGCAACCCGUUCACCUCCGCGGUAGAGGCCACAAGCUCAGCGUCGACUACGGGUGCCGUCACGCAGGCCGCAAAGCCAAACCAGCAAGUCAUCUGGGCGCAUGGCCUCGGCAUGGCGCUUGCAUUUGCCAUUUUCUACCCACUGGGGUCGGCUAUUAUGCCAAUGAUUGGCAAAUGGCAGAUCCACGCUGGCUGGCAGGUCAUCACCUGGCUGUCUAUGUGGGCAUUCUUCGGCCUCGGCGUGUUCGGUGCGCAGCAGCGCGACCUGCCUGCCCUGGGCCAUCUGCAUCACCGGCACUACCUCAAGUACCGCCAGAGGGGCGUCAUUAGCUAUAUUCACCUCUACUGGGGACGCAUCUUGAUCAUCCUCGGCGCCAUCAACGGAGGUCUGGGUCUGCAGCUCACGCACGCGCCCAGCAGCUGGAUCACCGCCUACAUGGUGAUUGCCAUCGUCGUGUACCUGCUGUAUGCCGGUAUCAAGGUCUUUGCUGUCGUUCGACGAAGGAACAGAGAGGCUGCUCCUCCAAAGACCAGCGCCAAGAUGUGGCCAAGUUCGGGAUAUGUUGAUCUUGGAGAUGAGGUGCCCAUGAACAACUGGUAUGCGCCCCGUUCUGAGAAGUAG